GGCUUUAGUUCCGUUCAGUCGGCGGGCGGAUUUGAACACGAAUUCAACGGUUGUCUCACCCGAGACUAGAGACUUGCUCAACUUGCUGACAUGGCGUCCUAGUACGGACACGGUGAAAUCCCACGUCCCCUUUGGAGGAUCAGACCCGUCGGACCGAGUCGAUAAUACGAGAAAAUGAUAAGGUUAUAAUAAUCAAGGACGUGGAAGUAGCCGAGGUAGAGAGAAGAAGGAGCAGCUGAGAUCGCAAAAGAAAGAGAAAAAGCGAAACGAAGAAACGAAUCAUAGGCUGCCUCUUAAAAGAGAUAAAAUUUUUCGAGGGGUUGUGGGAAAUAUUGGGGAGAAGUGGGAGAGAGGACAAUCUUAAAACAUUUAAGAUUAGGGGUCUGAUGUUAGCUGACAUUAACGGGAACUUGGCGGAUCUGAGAAGCGAAGCGAUGGCGUCGCAGAGGUUCUGUCUACGAUGGAAUAACCACCAGAGUAAUUUGCUGUCAGUUUUUGAUCAACUCUUGCACGACGAGUCCUUCGUCGACGUUACACUCGCCGUUGAGGGACAACUACUCAGGGCGCACAAAAUGGUUCUGUCCGCGUGCAGCCCCUACUUUCAGGCUCUGUUCGUCGGUCACCCGGACAAGCACCCGAUAGUCAUAUUGAAGGACGUACCUUACGUCGACAUGAGGAGUCUCCUCGAUUUCAUGUACCGGGGUGAAGUUAGCGUUGAUCAAGAUCGUCUGACGGCAUUUUUGAGGGUAGCUGAGUCGCUGAGGAUCAAGGGACUCACGGAAGUGAACGAGGACAAAUGUGAAUUACCGAGUAUAACGUCCUCGCUGUUCGGCAGUCACAAUUCCGUGGCACCCCCGCCUCCGAAUCUUCACAGGAUAAAUCAAGCCGGUUCACAACACGCCGUACAAAAAAGGUAUCAUCAGAUGUCCAAUCACCCUCUUUUAGGAUCCGCUUUGACGGCGCCAAAAAGAAAAAGGGGAAGACCAAGGAAACUCAGCGGAUCGUCCGAUACCCCGAUCGACGCUAAGAUAGACCGAGAUCAGCAGGGCUCAGGGGGUGACCUUGUCCAAGGAUCACCUGAAAUGAUGGAAAUGAAAAUGGGACUCGAUUUUCAAAGCGAAACAAACAGCACGAGAAACAGCGAACCUACGGAAAAUGGUACAGAUACGCCCGAGCCACACACGCCCAAGGUCAAAAGGGAACCGGAACCGACGCCCAGCACAUCGGCGCAAGCCCCAGACGAGACGUUCGCUAGGCCGCCAAGUAGACAGGGGAGCGAGGGUUUUCAGCAAGAGUCAACGUCGUCGUCGGUAAAAUCUGACGCUGGUGAUUCAACGUCCAAGGACAAUAAAUCGGGUGUACAACAAACGUCUUCGUCAAAUGCUACGGGAAGUAGUCCAGCAGCAUCAACACCAAAUUCUGGUGGCCAAUGGGAUACGCCGACAACGGGUAGUGGCGGCGGAGGAGCGACGGGAGGGGGAGGAGGUGGAGGGGGAGGGGGAACGACUCCCGUCAGUCAAACGAGUACCACCCCUAUGUCUGCACCACCCGUUAGACAAGUUGCCAAACGUAGAAUGCGAAGACGCGCCAAUUCCCAAUGUCAAGAUCCAGCUGAACAACUUACCGAAAUGUCUGUACGCGGUUUAAAUUUAUUUAGAUAUGCAUCGAUAUCGGAAGGUGUAUAUCAGUGCACCGAAUGUGCUAAACUUGAUAUACAAAAAACAUUUAAAAACAAGUAUUCUUUCCAACGGCACGCAUUUUUAUACCACGAAGGACAUCAGAGAAAAGUAUUCCCAUGUCCUGUGUGCGGUAAAGAAUUCUCCCGACCUGACAAAAUGAAAAAUCAUAUGAAAACCGUACACGAUUGUUUUAUGCCUAAAGAUUGCGUUGUGCCCUUUGGAUUUUAUCUACAACCUUAGCAAUGGAUAUCGUUUAAGGGAAAGAAAAAAAACACACAUAUACAAAGAGAAAGCAAACAAACAAAAAGAUGUUAAGAAAGAGAAAUUUUUUUUUUUUUUUAUGAACUUUCGAGAGAUGGAGAAGAAGCAACAACUAUAACGGGAUUAUUCCGAAAUAAUAUUAUAUAUAUAUAUAUAUAUAUGGUAACACGGGGGAGGGGGAGAUUUUGAUACGACAAUUAUAUUUAAAAUAUCGAAGUGGGAAUUAUGAAUUUUUAGAACAUAUAAAUAUAUAUAUACAUAUAUUAUUACACCAUACGUAUGUGAACAAUCUCGGGGAUUCGGAUUAAACCCUAUUUCUAAAUUCCCCUUCAAAUUUUUCUUCUGCUCUCCCAUACCUUUGUGCAGGAUCUAUUUUUAAGUCGGGUGAAAGAUAUUUGAAAAACAUGAGGUAAAAAAAAAGCGAAUGAAAAGAAGAAAACACAAUAGAUCCAAGUAUCUCUUUAACUAGUUAAUUUAUACCUCUCUCUUCGAAUAUACAUAUAUAUAUAUGUAUAUAUAAUACAUAUAGGUAUAUAGUUAAUUUUAUACGCGCAGAUUUAGAAAAAAGUUCAAAAAGAAAAGAAACAAAAUUAAAAUCUCGAUGUGAUGUAUAGAUUAUUAUAUAGUAUAUUAUACAUAUAAAUAUACCUACUGGCAUAUCGUGAUGCAUGAAAUGUGCCUUUGCUAUAUUUAAAAAAAAUAAAACAAUAAAAAAUCACGGAUGAUAUAUGUAUGUGUGUUUUUGGGACAAGGUGCUGCUGCAGGCCGAUUAAAAAAGAAAAAAAUCGAAAUAAAUUAAUGAUAACAAUAAUGAAAAUUGAAAGAAAAAGAUAAAAAAAACAAUGAGGGGGGGAAUCUUUUUUUUUCUUGUGAUUCGAAACCGCGAUCCGUACUAAGUAUAUGAUAAUAAUAAUGAUUGAAGGAAAUAAAUGAUAGAAAAUGUAAAAAAAAAAAAAAAAAUGGGAAAAAGAGUGAAAAAAAAACAAAUAAUAAGUAAAAAUUAAUUGUUAACUAAAUAAAAAGUGUACGGCAAUUAAAUUGCCCGAGCACACGCGCAAUUUUCUAAAAAUAAAAUUGGGACACUUGAUAAAGCUUAACGGAGAAAAUUAUAGGGAAAAAAAUCCUCGACGGAUUUUUUGUUUUUCCUCAUCUUUUCCCGUAUUGUUCUUGAUUACGAAAACUGUGUAUAUGAUGUAUAGGAAGAAAAAAAAACCCCUACCGGUUCGAAAAUAAUAUCCUCUGGCGUGAUUUUUUGGUCGAAUUUUGAUGGAUUAUAUAUAUAUUUUUUUGAAUAUUAUUAUUGACAUCCACCAGAAACGAAAUAUAUAUAUAUACGUACAUAUGUAUAUGUGCAUAUAUGAACUAUCGUGUACACAUUCAGAUUCAGACGACGUGGUGAAAUCGAAAAUGUUGAUGAUGAAAAAUAAAGAACAAAAAGCAAAAUAAUUAAGUAACAAUAAAUAAAAACUUACAAAACCAAACAAUAUACAUACAUAGACAAUAUGAUAAACGAUGCAAGAAAUUGGUAAUAUGUAAUGAAAAAAUGAAAACUUGAUAAUAAUUUAAAAAAGAAAAAAAAUGUAGGGAGAUGCGAUUAUUGAAAAAAAAAAAAAUUACAAUAGUUAAAAGAAAAUAAGAAAAAAAAUAUAUAUUAUGUAUAAAUGAAAGAAACAAAACUUCUGGUUGCAAAACCCGUAUGUAUAUGAAAAUUAGUUUCAUAAAGCGACUGUGUUUUAUCCAAUUUAUAUUAUAAUAAUGCAUAUACAGAUAGAAUUAUUAUCACAAAUAUAUGCAUUUGCAUAUACGAUAAAGAAGCAAUAUUAAAAAAAAAGAAUUAAAAAGAAAAAACAAAUAUAUAUAUAUUAUAUUUACGGAAGAGAGCAGACUGAAUAUAAUACAUUAAUACACAUUAUACCUAUGCAGUAUAUAUCGUGUUCGGUGUUUGUUCGUUUGUUUCUUUUUCUAUUUAUAUGCAAUUAAAAAAAAAUUCACCCAACUGAAAUAAUUUUUCUCACACUGCAUAAAUUGAUUUUGACUUUAUUCUUUUAAUAAUCUUUAUUUUCAUGAUGAUGAUAAUGAUAAUAAUAAUAGUAAGAUCAACGAUAAUAGCAAAUUCUAAACUGACAAUCUUUGCAAACGAGAGCAAAAAAAGAUAAAUUAGUAAUAAUUUCCACCUAACUACAAGAUUAGUUUCUCUUCAGAUGCGAAUAACGUGAAGAUUUCGAUUACUACCGCUAGAAAAAUGAAGGGGUUGGGGUAGCAAGAAGAUUAUUGAGAAUAGAAUAGAAAGAAUAAAACAGAUUAUCGAAUUCCUUUGGUUUUAAUUUUCAUUCGAAACAAAAAUAUAAUAUAUAAUACAUGUGCACUAUAUUCGUUCAUAAAUUCCAACUAUUUCAUCACGCAGCUAUAAAGAUAAAAAUACCAACAACAACCAACCAUAUAACAAUCUUUAACUACAUUAAUAAUGUUGCGAGACGCGGAGGACGAAUAAAAAGCAAAGUUAAAAUGAAAGAAUAAUUAUACGGUACCUCGUGAAAAAUGAAUAGAAUUAAAAUAAUGAUAGAAACUAAUUUAAAGAGAUUUAAGAGCGGAUGAAAUUAAUAAUAAUAAUAAAUGAAAAAUAAGAAAUAAUAAUACUGCCUAGCAGCAUAAUGUGUAGUAGGUUUUGGAAAGUGUAUUAUAUUAUAUUAUUAAUUAUUCUAUAAGCAUUAUUAUUAUCUAUUAUCUAUUAUCUAUUAUUAUAUUAUUUUUAAAUGAACUGUAACUAUAAACAAGCAAUUCUAUUACACGAAACAAAACAAAUGAAGAAAUCGACACUCGCAUGAGUUGAUUAUAUAAUUUUUGUUAUUAUUAUUAUUAUUAUUAUUACUAUUAUUAUUAUUAAUAUUAUUAUUAUUAUUAUUAUUAUUAUUAUUAUUAUAUAGAAAGAUGCAAAUAUUAUCCCCAUAAAUAUCUUUAUUUUUAUUAUUAUCAUUAUUAUCACUAUUAUUAUUAUUACUAUUUUUGCAAAUAUUACAUUUUAUUACCGCAAACACCGCCGCGUCAAAAAACGGACACGAAAUAUGAAGAAAAGAAAAAAAUUGAAAAAAAAUGUGUAGAAAUAAAAAUAAAAUAAUAAUAGCACGCACCACAACGGCACAAAGCGCACAGGUUGAAGAUUUUUAGAUAUAUAGAAAACGUUUUUUCUUUUAAAUUUUGAUUUGUUUCUAUUAAUCACACUUUUGAAUAGAUCAAAUAUCGUUGUUAUUACGUACCGAGUAUAAAUAUUAUAUAUUGCAGAUAAAUGUUCGAUUUUUUUAUUUUUUUCUCGAAAUAAUUAUAAAUAUGUUGAACGGGAUGAAAUAUAUAGGUAUGCAACGGAUUAUUGAAAAUUGAAAAAUAUAGAUAUAAAGAAAAUUAGUAUGACGCUUUUUCAAACGAUUUGACAACUACCAGCUCUGUGUGAAAGGGGAGAGGCGGUAGAUUUGGAAGUCAGGUGUUAUUUUAUUUCAUUUUUUCUUUGUGAUUCUUAUUCAUUCAUCUUUGGAAUAUCCAUGCGAUAAGUAAAAAUCUUUUGUUUUUUUUUUGUUUCUACCAUAGACGAAAAACGCACGAUGAUGAUCUAUAGAUAUUCGUAUUCAUAUAUUGAUAUUCAUACGCAUACACAUACACACAACAUAUAUAUGCAAAAUACCGUGUACUAUAAUAUAAAUAUCAAACGUAGAUGUAUAUCGAAAAAACUAACAGAAAAAGAAUAGUAAUAAUAAUCGAGAAAAGUAAUGAAAAUUUCAUAAAAACUAGCAUUUGUUCGACAAUCUUUCCAAUGGUUGAUUGUACAUGAUAACGAGAUAUAUAUAUAUAUAUAUAUAGUUAGAUAGUUAUAGGUAUAGAUAACGUAGAAAUGCCUUUACCAUAUAAAUAUAACACGAUAACGGAAUGACAUGAAACAAAGAAUAGGAAAAAAAUACGCAAAAACAGAAAAGAAAAAAAGAAAACGAACAGUUUAACAUAUUUUAAUUAUCAAAUAUUACACACGGGUGAUCGCGUACAUGGGUAUUAUUUAUUUUUCUUUCUUUCUUAUUAUUAUUAUUUUUGCUUUUUCUUUCUACUCGUGAGGGCUAAUCGCACAAAAUUAGAAUAUACAGGUAUGAUGAGAAUAAAUGAAUAUGAAUGUCGCACACAUAACGUAAUAAAGAAUUAAACAAAGCAAAAAAAAAAAAAAAAAUUAAAUUAAACAAAAUCGUCUUCCAUGUGCGGGCCAAAUUCGAAUUGAAGAAAAGGGGAUUUCCUUCUAAUAUACUAUGAUUAAUAAAUUGUCUCAUUGCGCGACUAAUAACUAACUAAAUAUCAUUAAAACAUUUCCUUUUUGUUCAAAUUUAUCCCUUCUCCCUGCUUAUUUUGAUUGAAUUUUUUGUUGCUACUUUUUUCUACUGUUAUCGCCAGAAAAUCAUACACAGAAAUGUGGAGGAAUUAUUCUUUUUUCUCAUUUUAUAACUUCAAUUGUGCAAGUAGUCCAACCGGUGAAGACAAUAUUACUAAUUAAUUAAUGAUUUGCGGCAAAUGUAACAAAGGAAACAAAAAGAAAUCCCGUAAGAAACCAACUGAUUAUAAAUAUGGGUUAUCCAUACAUAUUAUUAUCAUUAUUAUUAUUAUUUUUAUUAUUAUUUAAUAAUAUAUUAGUUAUCCUGUUCUUAGAUUUUGGUUUUUAUUAUUUUUACUAUUACUAUUAUCAUUAUUAUUACUAUCAUUAAAUUAACAUUUAUUACUUCAUUUAGUAAUUUUAAUCAACUGUAAUAUCGGGUACUAGCUAGAACAUUAUUAUUACUAUUAUUAUUGUUAUUAUUACUGUAGGCGUGUUAGGUUUAAAUAAUUAAAAGAUGAAAACUUUACAUAGUAUAUACAUGUAUAUACAUAUAUAUGUAUACACACAUUCACGAUGCAAAUACUUUAUCUAAUGUUAGAAGAAGAAAAACAAUUCACGUACACGAAGCUCGACUAUACUAUUGGCUAAUUUGAAUAUUAAAAUUCGCUGUUUUUCUUUUUUUUCUUUUUUUUCUAACGGAAGACGUUACGUGAAAAUUCUGAUACUUGUUUCUCCAUGUUCGCAGUUCUCUGUUAUCCAUUUGAAAUAUCUCCGCUCAUAGGGUUUCAAUAAAAAAAAAAUAAGGAACAUUCGAAAGAGUAGAAAAAGUUGCGAUGAAAAUAUUAAAUCUUUUCACGAAAUGAAAUUUAAGGAAAAGAUAAGAAGAUAAAAAAAAAUGGAAACAAAUCAUCGGCUUGAUUAGAAAUCAAUUGCGGAUGGUUGUGUUUUUCUUCUUUUCUUUGAAGUGAAUGAAAAUUUUUAAAAAGAUUUUUCAUUUCAAAACGGCAAGAUUGUUUUUCUGUUCUUUUUAUUUCACACAUCCUUAAUUUUUCGAAAUCUCUUGCCUCUCUCGUCUCUUCAAUCUAUUUUAUUCUCCUUUCUCCCCUUUCUGCUGUCUAAUAUUUUGUUGUAUAAUACAAUUCACGUUAUUUCCAUGAAAAGUAAAAGAUUAAGGAAAGAUAAUCAUUAUAUUGAAAUUUUGCAAAGUGGGGUAGAUCUGAUUUGCGAUAAUAGGAAUAUAUUUCUACUAUACCUAUAAUGUAGACAUAAAAGCGGGGGAAAUCGCGUGAAUUUAUUAUUAUUAUUAUUGAUUAUUAUUAUUGAUUAUUAUGAUUAUUAUUUUCUUUUUGUAAAUAUACCGAGGAGUUGUAUUACUAGUUUGAUACAAGUUAUUAUUAUUAUUACUAUUAUAUUAAUUAUAUUAUUAUUACUAUUAUUAAUAUUAUCCAUUAAAGUAAUAUUUUUUUUCUAUUCUUGUUAGCCUUAAACAAACAAAACACAAAAAAAAUGUAAUUAUUAUAAUUGGCUUAUUAUUAACAAUUUAUAACGGAAAAGAACGCUAUACUGAUCCUUAUAAAGGUCGUUAUUAAGAAGUUGAAAUAAAAAAAAAUAAUAACGAAAAAAAAACUCUGAUUGAAAUAAUUUGAUUUACACAGUCACAAAUUUGCAGAAAAGAAGUAUAUAUUAUUAUUAUUAUUAAUAGUAUUAACACUAACAGGAUUUGAGUCGAUCGAUUGACAGAUUUUUUAAUUAGGUACAUUAUAUUGAAUUCUGAACGAUCACGUUCUAGGAUAGUAGAAAAAAAUGAGAAAGAAAAUAAAAUACUAAUUUCUAUUGAGCUGUUAUUUCGUCGAUUAUACAUAUACAUAUGUAUAAUGUCUAUACGUUGAUGUUUGAUAAAAGACAAAGAGAAAAAAGAGGUAUGUUAAUAUUAAAAAAAAAAAUAAUCAUAUGCAAUGGUGAUGUGAUUAACGUAUUGUAUAAAUAUGUUAUGUAUAAUUUCUGCCUGAGCUUUGUUUUUGUAACCGGCCAGAUACAAAAAUUAUGGCGAUGAUACGGUGAAGUGAAAAAAAGAAUAGUCAGAAAAAGAAAAGAAACACUCUGGAAAAUCAAAAACCUGAUAAUUGAGUUGAACAAAAUAAUUCUGAAAAAAAAAGAAAAGGAGAAGGAAAUUAAUAUUUUGAUUUGUUUUCAUCUAAUUGUUGUUUCUUUGUAACUUUUUUGUGAUAUAAAAUUGCAAUAGUCUAUAACUGGA